UCAAUUUCCAUUAGGUCAGUUAUACUCUCUUCUCCGAUAUAAUGUUUCUGUUUAUUAAGCAGAAAAAGUCGAGGUACAUGUGUACGUAUGUUUAUCGUCCAAAAAAUCGUGGCGAUCAAACCUUCUUUUAGAAAUUUUAAAAUCUUAGUCGAGCUUCUCUCUUCUCUUAUAGUGCCAUCGUUUUUUGCGCAUACUCGCGCGCGCACAACGUCAUAAGCGCACACAUCAACAGUAACAUAUACAGUAACCGCGGUGGAGCGCAGGCGCCAGUAGCAGAAGACGGCAAGAAGAACCUAUCUAGCCUACGCUGUGAGCCGUCUGUCUCUGAACCGAGAACUGCCGAGAGAGAAAAAUAGUCGAGUUGCGGUAGUGGUUGCGCUCAAGAGUCGUGCGAGCCUCCUGGUGUGUCUGCAAUACGAGACCACACGUAGUUUGAGCUAAGAAGAAUAAGCUCAACCGAGACAAAUAUAUAAUAACAAUAAUAAUAAUAAUAAACGCGCACACAUUCACAUAGCAGUUAGUCUUCGUGUGUGCCCUCGGCCUCGUAAUACACCUGACGCAGUUACAGUCUCUUUCUCGCGCGCGCUCUCUGUGUAUAUUCACCAGUUUUCGGGGAGGAGCUCCCGCGCCAGCGCCGUACUAGUCGCAGCAGCCUCAACUCCUCGCCGUCGUCUGUCUGCUUGUCUGUCUGCUUGUCUGUCUUUGCACAAGUGUUGAAUAUUGCAGUAGCUCUCUCUCACUCUCUCUCUCUCUCUCUCUCUCUCUCUCUCUCUCUCUCUCUCUCUCUCUCUCUCUCUCUCUCUCUCUCUCUCUCUCUUCUCUAGUCAGGAUGUCCGUCCUUGCGAUCCAGUGCUUCCAUUUUUGACAACCGCGGAUAGCUUCCUCUGCAAUCUCUCUGUAUCCCUGUCAACAUCUCAGACAGGUGAUCAUCAGCUCCCUAUCCUCACCCUCAUUAUUUAUAUAGCGCCUACAUAACUUGUUUAAGUGGGCUCCCUCUUCUUCGUUAUAUUAGCUCUGAACGCUAUUUUUUGUUAGAUUACCGUGCCUUUCAGUAUGCUGUACACAGCUUGAUUUCUCGCUGCACAGAGAGACAUUAUAUAUUUUGAAUCUAACAUAUCAUUUAGCCAGAGUUGAAAUUCUAGCUGGCAGUGUUUUCUUUCAGCGCUUUUAUAUUCGCGUAAUUGUUAAACACAACCAAGCUUGCGUUGGCUCUCUCAAAUAAAUAGACGCAUAAUAUACCUUAAAGCGAAUUUUAAAGCGAAUCGUUUUCUCGCCUUAACUCGCAGUGCUUUGACUGUUUCUGCCUCAGUCAUACUGCUGAUUGGUUAGAAUUACGCAAAAAUUGUUGCUGUUUUUAAUUGGCUAGAGUUAUAUGCUUCAUGUAUUUACUGAAGUAUUACUGUGUAAUGAAGGAUACAAGUAGGUUGAAACUUAAUGUUCCUUUUUAGUUUGGUCAAUGUUGGGCAAGGUAGAUCUGUGUACCCAAAACAUAACGGCAAUUGUAUUGCCCAUGGGUAAGCUCAAGUCAAGAUUGUAAUAGGGAAACUUAUAACUAAGCAAGUUAUCUUGUGGUGGAGUUCAUUAAUAUUUAUACCUUUGAGUGGUUUCAUCUAAGUCAAAAGAAUCAAACAUAAAAAUGGCAAGUACCAAAUCAGCAGAGAACGCUGUUCAAACUAAACCCAUUGAAGUGUCUCAGCAGCUCCAGGAUGGUGAAAAGUUUGUCAAGUGGGACGAGGAUUCAGGAAUAGCAACACCAGUCACUCUCAAAGUGGACAAAAAUGGUUUUUAUUUGCACUGGAUAGAUCAGCACAACGAAAUGGAUAUGCUUGAUAUAGCUAUAAUUCGUGAUACACGAAAUGGAAAACAUGCUAAAAUACCCAAGGAUCCAAAGUUAAGGAGCCUUGUAACAAUGGGCUCUCAAGAUUCUUUAGAAGACAAGACUAUUACUAUCUGCUAUGGUUCGGAUUUUGUAAACGUGACUUUCAUUAAUUUCUGUACAACUCGUGCUGAUAUUGCGCGUCACUGGACCGAUCAGAUUCUCCACUUGGCUUAUAAUCUCACACAGCUUAAUACUAGCACAAUAAUGUUCUUGCAAAAGGCGCACACAAAAUUGACAUUAUCGGCUGAUAAACAGGGAAACGUACCUGUCAAAAACAUCGUAAAGAUGUUCACGCAAAACAAAGAUGACCGAAAGCGCGUGGAGAAGGCACUCGACAUAUCCGGCUACGCGUCAGGCAAGAACGACUCAAUUCCACUGCAAAAAUUCCAAUUCGAGGAAUUUUUUAACUUUUACAAGUCGCUGACGCAACGUUCGGACGUGGAAAAAGUAUUCGACGAGAUAGUGGGCAAUCCGAAGCGCAAGCUGAUGUCAGUGCCGCAAUUCGUGAAAUUUCUGAAUGAAACGCAACGCGAUCCACGUCUUAAUGAGAUCCUCUAUCCUUAUGCCAAUGAUGCACGCGCCAUGGAAAUAAUCGAUCAAUACGAGCCCAAUAAGCACAACGCCCAAAAGGGCCAACUAAGCUCCGACGGAUUUCUUCGUUACUUGAUGAGCGAGGAUAAUCCCAUUGUUGCCGUGUCCAAAUUCGAACUGUCCGACGAUAUGGAUCAGCCGCUCGCUCACUAUUUCAUCAAUUCUAGUCACAAUACUUAUCUCACCGGUCAUCAAUUAACUGGCAAAAGUUCGGUGGAAAUAUACCGGCAAUGUUUGUUAGCCGGCUGUCGAUGCGUCGAACUUGAUUUCUGGAAUGGUAAAUUCGACGAACCCGUCAUUGUUCAUGGCUACACUUUCGUACCUGAGAUCUCAGCUCGCGAAGUUAUCGAGGCGAUAGCAGAGAGUGCCUUUAAAACAUCCGAGUAUCCUGUGAUACUUAGCUUCGAAAAUCACUGUAACCCAAGGCAGCAGGCUAAAAUUGCUCAGUACUGCAGAGAGUACUUUGGUGAAAUGCUACUUGAACAGCCCCUCGAAACACAUAAGUUAGAACCCGGCCAAGAGUUACCACCGCCGUCGCUCUUGCGAAAAAAGAUAAUAAUAAAAAAUAAGAAAAAACAUCAUCACCAUCAUCAUAAAAAACACCAAAAAAAGCAGCAGCAACAGCAACAGCUGCAGGCUCAAAUAGAGGGCAACGAGGGAAAUGCUGAGGCCGGCCAAGAGAACGGGAACGAAAGUCAAGCGAGUAAAGGAGAAAAUGGUCCCCCACCCGAUAUUAUUCCGCAAAGUGAAGUGGUUGAUGGAGUUGUUGUGGGUAAUGGAAAUGGCGAGAAUCAAAUAGGAAAUGGAGACAUUCAUCCGCCUAUGCUACAACAACGACAGGGUAGCAAGGAUAGCACGCAAGAUGACGACGAUGACGACGAUGAAUCAAGCACCGAAGAAGAUGAAUCGAAUGUUGAAGAUGGCAAAGUGAGACUCAAUGACAAGGAUCAAGUUGCCGAUAAAGUAGCUGCUGCAAAAGAAACAGAAGCUGGAGCUGAAAUAUCAGCUCUUGUUAAUUACGUUCAGCCUGUUCAUUUCACUAGCUUCGAACAUUCCGAAAGAAAAAAUAGAACUUAUGAAAUGUCAUCUUUUGAUGAGAAACAAGCCACAACUCUUUUGAAAGAACGACCAUUGGAGUUUGUCAAUUAUAAUAAACAUCAACUCUCGAGAGUUUACCCGUCGGGAACACGAUUUGACUCGAGUAACUUUAUGCCUCAAGUUUUCUGGAACGCAGGAUGUCAACUUGUUGCUUUGAAUUAUCAGACUUUAGAUCUUGCUAUGCAACUAAAUUUAGGAAUUUUCGAAUACAAUAAGCGAUGCGGCUAUUUAUUAAAACCUGAAUUUAUGCGUCGAAAAGAUCGUCCGUUAGAUCCAUUUGCUGAAUCUGCUGUAGAUGGAAUUAUUGCUGGAAUGGUCCGUAUUCAUGUUAUAUCGGCCCAAUUCUUAACAGAUAGGAGAGUCGGGACUUACGUAGAAGUCGAUAUGUAUGGCCUUCCGGCCGACACAGUUAGAAAGAAGUUUAGAACGAAAACCGUUCCAAAUAAUGGUAUUAAUCCAGUAUAUGAUGAAGAGCCAUUUAUUUUUAAAAAGAUAGUAUUACCAGAACUAGCAUCGAUACGAAUAGCAGCAUACGAGGAAUCUGGCAAAAUGAUCGGGCAUCGAGUUCUGCCCGUGGUUGGCCUUUGCCCAGGCUAUCACCAUGUGGCAUUGAGAAAUGACAUUGGUCAGCCCCUUCCGUUGGCGAACCUCUUUAUGCAUGUCAUUGUUAACGAUUACGUACCGGAUGGUCUUAGUGAUUUUGCUGAAGCUCUCGCCAAUCCAAUCAAGUAUCAGAGUGAACGUGAAAAGAGAGAAAAGCAAUUGGAAGUGCUCCUUGAUGAUUUGGAAGAGCCAAAAGAAGGAGAAGUCGAGAUUAAAGAAAAAGUUAAGGAAAAAGGUGGCAGUGGACCAAGUUCCUCUAAGCCAGCCGACGAGAGUUCAAAGUCAAAAAGACACCAAUCGAUCGGAGAGCUGCCGGGAUUAAUACCAAGUACUGGUAGUCCACAGGGAAGACCUUCAAUAGGUGCGAUAAAUACAUCUGAUUCUCAGGAGAUAGAAGAUGGCGGGACCUCGUUGACUGUAAAUAUUGCCGAUGCUUCUUCCAAUAAGAGCCCCUUGAACGCCAGUAUGAGUUCUUUUUCUAUAGCAUCCGAAGAGAUCAUCGCCGAGCCUUUGGACAAGUUUAUGGAAAAUAAAUUGGUAAAGGAGAAGAAAAGUGAAUUAGAGAAAAAAUUGGAAUCUUUAAGAAAGAAACAAGAAAAAGAGAAAGUACGGGUACAAAAUGCCAAGGGCUCUGUUGAUGGAGAAAAACAUAAAUCCAAAUUCGUAAGCCACAAAAUUUUGCAACGUUUGUCCAGUAAAAACAUCUUUUCCAGUGAAGUAGCUCUAAGUACCAUGGCUCUACCUGAAGCAGCAGAGUCAGUUGAGGUGGAUGGCAAUGAUAGUCUUCCGAAAGGAUUACCGCGAAGUCAGAGCGAACGUUUGCUCGCAGUUUGUCGAGAGCAUGUUCAGCAAGAGCGUGAGUUGCAAGAAAAGUAUUACGAAAGUAUGUUCAAUACAUUGGACAAAAUUAUGAAGUCCUCGCAGUCCAGUCAGUUGAAGACACUUCAAGCUCUUUACGAGCGGGAAACUGUUGAUGUAAAGCGGAAGUUACAAGCUAUGAGACAUGAAGAGGUAAAACAGUUAGCCAAAGUUCACAAAGAUAAAGCUGAGUUCGAUCGUAUGAAGAGGGAGGUAGCAAAAUCAACCGUGGAAAAAGGAGUUAAUGAAUGCACAAGAUUGACAAAGAUUUAUGAAAAAAAAAGAGUUGAACUGGAAAAACAGCACGAGGAAGUGAGACAAAAAUUGGAAGAAGAAAAAAUUAAGGUACGGGCAGCUCUUCAGGCAGAAUUCAACAGCCGUUGUAGCAAAUUUGAAAGUGGCGAAGAUUUGUCUCCAACAAAUGAUGGCCCGGAAGUCCCUGAAGGUGUCAGUGAAAAGACUUACUAGCAAGAGGCCACUGGACAUUCUGGUUGGUUGCGUUGUUUCCAACGAAAUAAAAGUCAAUGAUGGGAUAUAUUAUUUCAACGGUGGGAAUCCGUUUUGAUAUUACGAGAAAAGCCUCUCCGUGAAUAGGCUCUAUAAAUUGACCUUGAGAAGCUUAUUAAAAUAAUAAUACCCUGACAGGAUAUAUGAAGACAGUUGUAUUUUUGGUAUAUUUAACAUUCCAAAAUCGUGUAAAACUGAUCUUCGAUGAAAUUGUAUAAUUGUCAAAGUCACUCAAUGAGAAAGAGGAAAGUGUUUGAUUUAGCGACGUUGUCAUCACGAAUUGUAAAAGCAAUGAAAACGUUUACGCAUAAAACACCACUUCAUUAAUAUUUGACUCAUAGUCACAGUAUUAAAUAAUUAAAAUAUAAGCAGAGAACCUUUUGCAAACAAUAGAAGAUUAAGGUUGAUGAUAUGCUUAAAAAACAAAAAAACAAAACAAAAAAAUCUGGUUGAUGAAAUAAAGUUAUUUAAGGUGAAAAAGAGAUGUACUUAUACGAUGGGAAUGUGAUUUUAAGUAAGUGUAAUCUUUGUAAAAUAUAAUUAUGAAUCUUGUUGUUAUAUGUAUAAGACGUGAUACCUCCACUCAGCUUAUAUUGAUAAACUUCGUACAAGAAUUUUGUCAAUAAAGUAUAAAUUUGUUCGGGUAAUAAAACCAGACCCGCAUAGAAUCUCAUCGGCCUAGCGGAGUCUUCAGGUUUUGAGUAAUGUGUUAGGAAAAACAAUACAAUUAUUCGAUUUAAUAUUUUUUGUUAGCUAAGGCGUUCGUCACCGAAAUUCAUUGUGAGUCGAUCUAUAGAAAGUAUAUUUUUUAAGAUAAAAUUAAUUGGAAAAAUAUUGAUUUGUAAACAGUUAAUUAGGAACCUUAACUUUUUGUGAAGGAGCUCUAAUGAGAUAUUUUUUUACGGUAAAAUAAAUUUUGGAUGUUUAUUUAAAAAAAGGAAAGUCAAAGACGAUUUAAACUAAAAAAAUGGACGCGUUAUCGAAAAUAAUUUAAUUAUCAAACAAGUCUCCGUAGACUAAUUUUUUCAAAACGACAAUCAAAAAUGUUACACGUGUAAAUAUUAACACUGAUGUAAUAUUUUCCUCGUUAACAUUAAUUUUUAUGAAGCGUAUGUAUGAGGAAGUAUAAAAUACAAUUUAUUGAAAAAAAUUCUUAUAAAUUGAAAAUAUGAAAAGUAAAAAUAUGAUACAGAUAAUAAUAUUUAUAAUUCUUAUUCAGAUUAAAAUAUAUAUCAGGAUAAAUUCCACAUAGUCGUGAUAUUAAUGUACUACUAUGCAUAGCAUAAAAUUUUUAAUUCUACUCGCUGCGGUUAUAAAGAAUAGAAAAAUUUUCAAAGAUGGAAUGAUAUAUAUGCAGAACUAAAGUUGAAGCAUAUGCAGAAUUAAAGUUCAAGAACUAAAAAUAAAGCUAUUUUCAAAAACUGCUUCUCGUCCUUCAGUAACAGAGUAUAAAACUGACUAAUAUUAAACAUGUUGUUUUAUAGACGCGACGCGUUGUGAUAUUAAUGGAUCUCAAAGCAAUCGUAGGAUCGCUGUGUAAAACUUAAUUAUAUGUAUGCGCUCAGCGAGAGGAAAGAUAAUAGUGUGAUGCGAAAAUAGUCAAACGCUUGAAGUUAUAAAGCGUUUUAUCAUUGAUGGAUUCAUUUACAAAUUGAAAUAAUCAUGAAUUGUUGGUUUAUGCGUGUUAAUUAUUUUCUACGAUAAAUUAUUUUUUAAGAAUUGUUUUCGAAUUUUUUCAAGUUAACUAUUACAAAAAAUUGGCAUGCUCAGUAAUACUAUAUAUUAAAUAUAUUGUAUAUAUUGAAGCAAUAUGCUAUGAUAUACGAAUUCCAAAAUAUAUUUAUGUUUAUAUUGAAUGUCAAUUAUAUUUUUAAGGAUUAUACGUAAUUUCUUCCAAAUAAUAUACGCAUCUUUCGAAAUGUUGUGCUCAAAUUAUUUAAUGAACUAUGCUUCAUUUGCUAUGCGUACAUUUUACUGAGUAUGCCAUUGUACGAAAAAUUUUCAUUAUCGAUUACACUUUGUACUGACAAAUUUUAAAUAAAAUACAUACGUUUUUUAUUCUUUAUCGGUACAAAGUUCUUCAAUUAAAAUAUUUUGUCAUAUCAAUUUAUUGAAGCACAAAUACCGAUAAAAAAGCUAAAUAAAUAUGUAUUUUCAAAUUUCCGCCAUAUACAAAAGAAAAGAUUGUUGACGUUUUUGAGCUUCCUCCGCUAUCAGCGUUAAUUCUAUUGUGAAGGUUAUUACUAGUUAUCAAAUUAUAUAUCGAAGGAAAUCUAAAUGGAGAUUUUCUAUAAAAGUGAACUAUGUAUUUAUUGUGGUGAGUAUACAGCGAAAAGUUAUAAUAUAAAUUAAUUAAAUUAAUAUGUAAAGAAAUAACUUAUAAUUACGGUACGCACUCGAUUUAUGAUAUUUUCAGAGACACAAUGCGAAAUUUCUUGAAUCUCAAAAAAAAAUUUUUACUUUUGAUAUAUACAUAUUUUUCAGUUACUUUUAAGACCGCUAAUCUCAGCAACUAUAUAUCAUUACGUUUUAUGCGUGAACUGUAGCAAACUGUUAGAACAUAUAACAAUGAAUCAAGAGAGCAUAAAUUGAAAUAUUAUUACAAAGAAAGAAAGGAAUGUAAUGUUCUGUUCUUCCAAUUACAAAAGGACUUCCAUGUAACUUAAACUUGAACGUUAAGCAUCUUAACGUUAAUGGUUUCUCUUUUUGUUAUUUAAAAAUUUGUGUAAAUAGAUUAAGAGGAAUAAUAACAAAGCUAAUAAUUACUUUAUAAACUUCGCGUUAAAAUAUUAUUAUGUGUUAUUGCUGUUGAUGUUGUUGAGCAUAUAUAAGCGUAUAGAUAUAUAAGUUAUGUCUUCUGUAAUCUCUUACGCGAAAUUCAUGCGAUAGAACUUAUUAAGUAAGAAAAUCGCCAAUGUAAAUAAGCACAUCUGAAUAUUAUAAAAUAUAAUGUUUUCAUGAAUACGCAUCGAACAGCUAGGUUCGAAGUGGCCUUCCGAAAAAAUUAAGUUUUAUUUAGUAGACAAUAUUUUACUACCUAGUUCUCGUUAAAAUGUUCACUGCACUUUGAGCAUUUAAACAUUAUCCAAAUAUUAUAUUAUUUCAAUAGUGUAAUAUCGCUGGAUCACAGUGGAAUAAAGUCACGAAACUAGUCUUUAAUGAUGAGAUAAAGUCAUAUUGUAAUCAAGUAUAUGAUUUAGUCGACUUUUAUUUAGUAACUAUAUAAAUAAGUUUGUUAACGUGUUUUUUUGUUUUUGUUUCUGUUUUGUAGUAUCUUUAUUUUGAGAAACGACUUCGAUCCCUACAGCUUUCGAAAAUCAUUCUGCCAAAUCGAACGUAAAAUGAAAGUCUAAUCAGCUAUCUUCUUCCAAUGAUUCCUAAAAUAUCUUUCUUACAAAAGAUAUAAUUACGUGUGUAAACAUCAUCUAAUACAUAAUAAAAAAAUCGGUUUUAUACACAAAUUAGUUUCUACCCAAAUUAAUCCAUACAAAAAAAUGUCCUUCAAAUUGAAGUUUAGUUUCUAGGCUUAUAUAAGGGAUAAAUCAUAUCUCCCAUUUUAAGUAGGCAUUUUCUUAAAUCCAUAUUGGAUAUUCGAUUGAACUUCAAAAUUGCAAUUUUCAAAAUUUGUAUAUUUUGCUGGGUAUAUUGUUCGAUAUUUUAUGUAUAGUUUUUACAAGUUCAACUGAAUAAUACAUUUUAUAUGAUGUGUAGCUCUCCAUUAACUCCAAAAAAUAGAUCAAUGACCAGUAAAUUUCUCUCAAUGUAAUGUUAAGUCAAUGUCAAGUCGCGAAAUGAAAUUGACAAUGACAAAUAUCAUACAUUUGUAAAUAUGAUAUUUUAUCCAUCAAAAAGUGACUUCUUGUUAAAGAUAAGAUUUUUUUGUAAUAUCAAACAUUUUUAUUUGAAACAUUAAUGAAACUGAAUAAAUUGUAUUUGAAAUUUAAUAAGCUCUUACUAGUUUAUCAGAAAAAAAUCUUGUGGAUUCAUACAAAUGAAACUAACAAUGAAUACUAGAGUUUUAUAAAUAUUUCUCUCUUCCAAGACGAUUUUCUUAUAAAAUAAUAAAAACCAGCCAAUGCACCGAUUUUUCGAGUGUUAUUUGAGAAAUAACACCGGAAAUGAAAAUCAUAUAUAUCGACAUUAUUUACCAGAACUAGGUGUGUAACUAAUACUAGUUGUCUACAUAUUUUAUACUUUUGUACAAAUUUUGAAUGAAAGUGUUCUAGAAGUCUUGUUGUAUUUAAACUUGAUAACUUGAAAAGUAAAUAAUUAAAAUAACAUUUGAAAUUAAGUGUGAAAGUACUGAAAAGAAAAUAACCCCAGUUGUUAAAAUUAGAGUCAAAUAAAUAGGUAAUCAUAAAGUUCUUUUUGCUAUAUGGCUUUUGCACUUUCUCUGCGAUGUUAUAUGCUGUUUACACACUUUUCCAUUUCUACUAUUUCUUGUGCAUCUUAAUAUCGUUAAAUAUUGUUAAAUAUGAGUAUAUCUAACAUUGUAAGUUAAGCUAGAGUAACUGUAAAUAAAUUGGAACAGACGAUUAUUGAUAAUAAUAAAAAUUAGAUUAUAAAAGUCAUAGUGAUGAUCGUCUGAUUUUUGCUGUCUAAAUAAAAAAGUUUUAUAUUCCUCUAAUUUAUAGAUCAUUGUAAAACACGUCUAAAUGACAUGCGAUAGUAUUUGUAAGAAUUAUUAAUAAAGUUGUAAUUGUUAAUGGUUAAUUCACAUCAAAUCGCUGUGUGUGUGAGUAUAAACGUAAAAAAUAGUUCGUCGCUUCCUGUCGUUAUCACUUAUUGCAAAUCAAUUGACCAGUAAAUUAAUUAAAUUUGGUUUUCUACGUAAAAUAUAUUCUAUUUAAAAGUAUUUGAAACUGUCAAAUGAAUCGUUAAAAAUUAUUCAAUACUUGUACCUGUAAAAUUCUAUGGUGCAUUUGAUUUACGUAAUAAUUAAUUUAUUAGAUAAUAUGAACCUGCCUCUUUAUAACAUAUAUUUAAAUAAAAAAUUAAGCAAUAUAAAUAUCUACGCAGUUAAUCUGUAGUCUUACUAGUCGAGACGCUAAAGGGUGUUUUUUUUGUAUACAUACAAUGUCUUUCUAAGUCUUCGUGCAAGUAUAACAAAAGGAUACACAUUGUAUACUCCAUGAAAAUAUGUCAGAAAAUCACACGAGCUUUUUUCUAAGUACAAAUAAUUUUGCACGAUGAAUCAAUUGUUUCAUAAAAACAUAAAAAAACAUAAUAUCGAGGCCAUCCUUUAAUACAUUCACAGAUACCCCUCGGCGUCCGGUCUAAACGUAAAAGCACUGGUUAAAUAUUCAAUCAUAACAGAUGUGACUUAUAGGUAGUAAUUAUUAGUGAAAAUCAAAAUGUCUCUUGACUGAAUAAGAAGUAAUUUUCUAUUCUGUGUAAAAUUUAAUUUAUAAAUUUGUAGAAUACACCAUUUAUCACAACCCAUUAUAAAUUACUGUAGUAAAUGGUUCUCCAAAAAAAAAUAAUAUAAAGCUUAUUAAAAAAAAGAGCAUUAUUUAUAAUUCAAACUUGGUGAAUGAUAAUUUUUUAAACAUCUACAUCUAAUAACACUUAUUUAAAUAUGCUAACACAACUAAAUAAAAGUAUCAGUAUGAAUUUCAAAUAGUAUAAGAAUAAAAGAAUGGUCAUUUGUUAUCAGAUUGUGUCGGUAUACGAUAUAAAAAGAUAAUGAGGUUUACGGACAAGUAUUGAAUCGAUGUCACCCACAAAUUUGAAAUGGAAAUAAUAAUAAUUAAAAAAUUUUUAAAUAUCCAAUGGAACUUUAAUGGCCCUUUCUCUAAUACACUUGUGCCUUGACUUCAAAAAUUAUUCCAUAAAUGUUGUAAUUCUAUUCUGUGCACACAAAAGCAUGGAUCGCGCCAUUGAUUCUGCUUCCUUUUCAGCGAAGGGUUAUAAUUGAUGUUCGAUGUUCAUAAUAAUAUAAGAAAUAAAAUUAAAAAAUUACUAAAAAUAUAAUACAUGAAAAAGGGACUAUAAAAAUGUAAUUUUGUCAUGUGAAGACGUUGAAAAUUGUUAUUGAAAGAUACGUAAUCGUACGAAAGUAAAAGGAAACGCAAUCACUUUUAUGAUAAUAAAUUAACAUGUUAGUAUUUCCUUAUAACAAGCUUUCUGAAAUAAAAGUUUAUUAUUAUUUUAUAAAUGUGAGCUGAAAUUAAUACCAUCAAUUUUUUAAUGUAGCUAAUUUAACAGUAAAUCUGACGGUUGAAAGCAACUAACAACUAUAUGCUGGAAAUUCUAUUACAAUCUUAUAUAUCAGUACAUGUAUAUAUUUUUUUAAACAUUAAACAUCGUAAAUUCUGAAAAUUUUCAGUGUUUUUCGUUUAUUUGUUUUUGUUUCUGUAUUGUUAAUAUUGAUACAAGUAGGUCAUAUGAUCAUAAAGGUGAACGCGUUUGCUGAUAUAUGUCACUUGAUAUAUUUUUGACAUGAUUUGACGAUAUUUUUUUAUUUGAAUAAUUCUAAUGUUUGAGAAUGUUUAUAAAAUCAGAAGUGAAAUUUAUUUGAAGAUGAAUAUGAAAUAAAAACAGAAGGUAAUGAAAAUUUCAAACUUAAACUAUCAAAUUGUAUGUACGAACUGAAUCUGAAUUUUCUAAGCAUGCUUAAUUCCUUAUUUAGAAUUCUAUAAGAUUGAAUAAGAAAAUAUCUCAAAACAUAUAAGUAAAAGUAAUAAUAGAAUCACCAUUAAUAUUAUGCUACGGAGAUAUAUAAAUAGAUUUUGUUAUUUAAAGAUGAGGCAGAUUUUAAUAGUGAGGUAAUAUUAGAAGUGGCUUUGUUUUUGUCCACUUUGCGUAUCAAUUUUUUACAUCAUAUGAACUAAAAUUUAGAAGCUAAAUUUAAAUACUAAUAAAAAAGAUUUUCUUGAAACUAAUCCAUUUGUCCAAUCGUCUUGUUAUAAGAAGAGAUCUUAUAGCGAGAAGAAAUCAUCUUGUAACAAGAGGGACUUUCCUCUCCAGAUUAUUUUGAGAAGAAUCCACUUGUUAUAAGAUUUUUUUUUCACGGUACAUAACAUGGAUAGCACUGCACACGAAUAGUUUUGUUUAUUUGCAAUCAUCACGUCUGAUAAUCAAAAAAUAUUGAUGUAUCUUAAUUAAAUAAAACCACGGCCCUUCUUUAGUUCAAAUGCUAUCAUUCAAUUACGAAAAGAACUCUUUUGAAACUGGGAUGAUCAUGCUAAUGUCACCGCAGUCGAAAAUACAUUAAAACUCUUCGAAAAAUGUAUAACAAUAAUAUCCUAUUAUUGAAAUUUCUGAAAGCGUAUGCAUAAAUAUCAUCCGAAACAAAAAAAACGAAGUAAAGAUAUUUCCAAUAGAUUUUGUUAAGUGUAAGCAAAAUAAUUUCUUUAAGAUGCACAUGUAUAUUUGAGACCAUUAUAUUAAAUGAAACUGACAUUAUAUAGACAUAUGUUAUCAUGGAACUUAAAUAAGUUUAAAAAUAAAAUAUAUCCAUGUGUAUGCAUUACAAUUACUUAGAUAAUAAUAAACAAUUGUUAAUUACCAAGCAAAUGUGGAGAAAUACGUGCCAUUUUAAUAAAUAUAAAAAAGAAUUACAUUCUAUAAAUGGCUGUAUUGCAAUGUAAAAUCAAGAAGAACUAUUGGCAUAAUAAAGUUCAUG